GACACGCCCCUUUCUAGAAGACCUUAUAGCAAUAAGAAAAGCAGGAGUUUCCACAAGGCUGACCUGAGAACCACAUCCUACUCCCACUAAGGUUAUGAAGGAGAACCUCAUCAAGGAGAACCUCAACAAAGAGAACCCAAUCCAGGAGAACCUCAACAAAGAGAACCCCAUCAGAGAACCUCAACAAAGAGAACCCCAUCAGAGAACCUCAACAAAGAGAACCCAAUCCAGGAGAACCUCAACAAAGAGAACCCCAUCAGAGAACCUCAACAAAGCGAACCCCAUCAGAGAACCUCAACAAAGAGAACCCCAUCAGAGAACCUCAACAAAGAGAACCAAAUCCAGGAGAACCUCAACAAAGAGAACCCCAUCAGAGAACCUCAACAAAGAGAACCCAAUCCAGGAGAACCUCAACAAAGAGAACCCCAUCAGAGAACCUCAGCCAGCCAGUCAGACCGGCCCCAUCGCCCACUGCCAUGACAAGCAAACCAAAAUAUAUCGUUAAUCACCUGCUGACCUUCUCGCUGCGGAGCGAGGUGGCGGACGUGGAGGCCGCCCGGACACGCCUCUGCCAGCUGGCCAAGGCCGACAAGCUGUGGAGCCAGUGCAUGGUCCUGGAGGUGGGGCCCGCCGCCCUCCGGCUGCUGGACAUCCAGACCAAGGAGGAGCUGGAGCGUUACCCCGUGGGCGUGGUCCAUCGCUGCGACGCCAUCUUCUCCGUGCCCGAGUUCCCCAGCCUGCUGCUUCUGGUCUGCGGCUCGGACCAGGAGAGCUCUGACGUGCUGUUCUUCAGCUGCGAGGCGGCCAAGAGGAUCCGCGAUGACAUCACACUCGUGGUUUCGCCCUCGCCCUCCAAUAGGAACACAGAGACGCCAGAGGCACUCAGGUUUGCUCAGAGUGCAGAGAACAUGAUCGACCCCUACGGAAUACCGAGCCCCCCCAUCGCCCCCGCCCCCAACGCCCCGCCCGCCGGCCCCCCCCCUUACCCCGGACCCAGAGCUAACGGUGUAAGCGGAGGAGCUGACGUCUCCUUCCUGAGGGCCGACAGAGAAGUGAGGAUUCUCAACCACUGCUUCGACGACAUGGAGUGCUUCCUGUCCAGACUGCAGCAGGCCGCCGAGGCAAACGGCACCCUAAGCCUGAAGAAGAAGAAGAAGAGGAAAAGCAAAAAGCAAAUGGCAGAAGAUGACCUCCUGGCAGACCGCGCCCGCCCCCCGUCCCAGGAGGAGUUCCUGGAUAUAUUCCAGAAGUUUAAAUACUGCUUCUGCCUCCUGGCCCGUCUGAAGUCCGCCAUCGCCAGCCCUUCAUCCCAGGAGUUGGUCCACUACCUCUUCAGGCCUCUGGAUAUGGUGGUGAGGACCACAGGGGGUCCGGCCUUGGGGGCCUCGGUGUCCAGCCCGGCCCUGAGCAGCGCGGCCGUCUCCCUGCUGAGGGCCACGCUGGGGGAGGACGAGAAGCAGCUCUGGACGUCCCUGGGGCCCAACUGGACGCUGGGCCGGUGUGAGCUGGGCCAGGUGUCUCCAUACUCUCCGGUCUUCUACGGUGGCUGGCGUCCGGAGGCGGUCCGGGAGGAUGGUCAGCUGUGGGAGGAUCCAGUGGAGUCCGAGCACGAACACGAAGCUCUGAGGGCCAAACAGGAGCAGCAGUCUCAGUCGGUGGUCCGGCCUUCCCCCCCCCUGGCAGACGAGAGAGACGGGGCCGAGCGACUCUACAGCUGCAGCUACGACUUUGUGGCGAGAAACAGCAGCGAGCUGUCGGUCCAGCAGGGAGACAAACUGGAGGUGCUGGAGUCGUCCAAGCGCUGGUGGAAGUGUCGUAACCGCUUCAACGAGGUGGGCUUCGUCCCGUCCAACAUCCUGGAGCCGAUCGCACACAUAGACCCCCUUGACGGGGGGCAGGGACCACCCAAGGCUCCGGCCCCUCCCCCGCUGGCCAAGACGUCCUCGGCAGCCACGCCCAGCCCCCCCACCGUGCACCAGUCGCCAGGCCAGCGUCCGCGCGGCCUGCCGCCCUACGGCCAGCACCUCAUGGCCAGUGGCGAGGACUCAGAGAAAGCGAUGCAGGUGAAUGACGAGCUGCUCCAGAGGCUGACCAAUGGGAGGAACCCCCUCACCAAGCCCGCCCUGGUCAUCCCCCGCUCCAGCGAGACCAGCGCGCCACUGGACUACCACUCCCCCCCAGACGAGGUGGCCAGCUGGCUCCGGGGGAAGGGCUUCACCGAGCCGGCGGCGCAGUGCCUCGGCGUUCUGACGGGCGCACAGCUCUUCUCCUUGAACAAGGAGGAGCUACGCGCCGUGCUUCCUGAAGAGGGCGCCAGAGUGUACAGCCAGCUGGAGGUGCAGAGGGCGCUGCUGGAGGAUGCCCGGAACGCCACGGAGCUGGAGGCCGUCAUGGAGAAGCAGAAGAUGAAAGUAGAUUUGAAGAGCCAGGCAAACACGACAACAUUAUGAUACUUAACUCCUCCUACCACGAGGGCGGAUCUUCUGAACACCAAAGCAUCCCGUUCAUCUACCAGGACCCUGGCCCUGGUCCUCGACCGUCUAGAACCAUACUCCAGUCAGUAGAAAGUGAAGAACGUACAGCCUCCUCAAACAUGGUUGGCCACGAAUUUUGCCUCCCUGAUUUAUUUCAGCAUUUUUAUUCUUCUUCCUGAAAUAAUCCGCUAUUGGAGGAUUGCUGGUCUUGCACAACUGUUUCUACAUAUCCACUCUGUUGAAGGUCAAUUUAAAAUCUAUUUAUCUUUUAUUUAAAAUACCUCUUGUACAUCCGUUUUAACAGCCGAGUGCUGCUUCUGCUUCAAAGACUAUCCCUAUGUGUAUAUUGUAAGAAAGGGAAUGAGACAUCAUGAAAAUAAAAGGCUGGAAUAACUUUAUUGGGGAUUCAAAAAAGUAUUUCCGCAAAAAAAAGGUAAAUAAGCAACAGGACGACUUCACCACGGUCUUCAAACCAUUACAACUCGCGAAGCAACAUGUGAAAUGGAUACGUACAAAUUAAAAAAAAAAAAAACCAAAGACCGUUUGCCAAUUACUUCA